GAGCCUCGCCGCCUCGGCCGACAUCCUGAAGCAGGCCACUCCGCUCUCCCCUCUCUUACAGACCAACGCCGGGACCCCAACCGCUCCAAACGACGGCAGCGAGGAAAGCAACUAUUCAGAAGAGAGAUAAGUGGCAGGAGGGAGGUCUGCUGCUGGCUUCCUGGGCUGAGCUGCACCCGCUGGCUGAGUGUUGGAGUUACAAUAGUAAAAACAAUCCCCUUUUUCCUGUGUGUGUGUGUGUGUUUUCUGUCCACACUCACGAAAGAACAGCGGGAGCACAGACUCGGGUGAAGGAGGCUUCUGGAUGCAACAACAAGCUGGAAGACUGGUCAAAAGAGGACAAAGUGAUAAAACAGAGGGUGGAACAGCAGGGGUUGGACUGAAAAACAAGGAGAGAGACACAUUCAGCGUCUUGAGAGAUAUAACAUAAGACAGAAGGAGAAAGCACUCUGAACAACUCAUCAACUCUUGCAGGUGGUUUAAGCUUCUUCCUCAACCUCCUCCCUCCCUCCCCUUUCCCUCUCCUUUUGACCCUGACAUGGGACGCCUACUGGCCCUGAUCUUUGCCUACCUGGCUCACCUGUGGGCCACCGCCGUCGGCUCAGAGCGCCAGCAGCAUCACGUGCAGCACGGACUCUGCAGCUACACCUUCAUCCUCCCCGAGGUGGAGCACUGCGACCCUCUCAAGGACUUCCAGGUCACCAACACCCUUCAGAGGGACUCGCCACCUGAGGUCGAACUGGAUACAAGCCAAUCAAAGCAGAGCAUGACCCAGAAGGAAAGGCCUUCCUGGCAGGAGAGGAAACUGGAGAGUCUGGAGAGCGCCAUGGAGAAUAACACUCAGUGGCUGCAGAAGCUGGAUAACUUCAUCCAGGAGAAUGUGCGCUCGGGGAUGGAGGAAAUAAAGCGAACCGCGGUCCACACCCAGACCGCCGCCAUGCUGGAGAUGGGGACCAACCUUCUCAGCCAGUCGGCUGAGCAGACUCGCAAACUGACCGACGUGGAGACCCAGGUGUUAAACCAGACAAGCCGCCUGGAGAUACAGCUGCUCGAAUACUCGCUGUUCACUAACCGGCUGGAGAAACACAUUCUGCUGCAGACUCAGGAGAUCUCACGCCUCAGUGAUAAAAACAGUUUUUUGGAACAAAGACUCCUAGCUUUGGAGGCUCGGUAUGGAAAGGAGCUGCAGGGUCUGCAGAGUGAAAAGCAGCAGCUGCAGGACCUUCUGGGGAAGCAGAGUGAGCUGGUCAGCCAGCUUCAGGGCGAACUGGGCAGCUCCACUCUCAACAGCACCUUGCUGCAGAGGCAGCAGGCCGCGCUCACAGACACUGUGCAGCAGCUGCUGGCCGUGGUCAGCCACUGCAACGAAAUCUCCAGCACGCCGAAGAUGGAGCCGCUUGCUUUCAGGGACUGUGCAGAGAUCCUGCGAGCCGGAGUGAAAGAGAGUGGAGUCUACAGCAUACGUCCACACAACUUCAAUCAGACUGUCAAGGUGUUCUGCGACAUGAAGACCAGGGGCGGCGGGUGGACGGUGCUGCAGCACCGCAGAAACGGCUCCGUCGACUUCCACCGCGGGUGGAGGGAAUACAAGACGGGCUUUGGAGAGCCGUCGGGGGAGCACUGGCUGGGGAAUGAUAUCAUCCACAAGCUGACCAGCUCCCAGGAAUACAGCCUGCACAUCCAGCUAAGAGACAGAGAAGGGAACGAAGCCUUCUCACAAUACGGCCGCUUCUACAUCGACGGGGAGGACAACAACUACAGCCUGCAUGUUGAGGGCUUCAGCGGCACAGCUGGACGGACCAGCAGCCUCACCCACAGCGGCAGCCAGUUCAGCACCAAGGACAGAGACAACGACCGCUGCACCUGCAAGUGUGCACAGCUCGCAUCAGGAGGAUGGUGGUUUGAUGCGUGCGGUCCGUCCAACCUGAACGGCAUAUAUUACCCCGCCUCGUCCAGUGUGGUACGCUACAACGGAAUUAAGUGGUACUACUGGAAGGGUCCAAAUCUCAUGGCUACCAUGACCACCAUGAUGGUGCGCCCUGUUAACUUCUGAUGGCUCAUCCUUGAUGUCAGACUAUGGAAUGGAUGUAACUCCGAAGCGAUAAAAAGAACAACACCCAGGAGAUGGACAAUUUGGUCGAGAGAGCUCGAAGAAGACUGUUGCGUUUCAGCUUCUGGACACGUUGGAGGGGUGCUUUAGUAAUUGCCCGGAGACAUAUGCAGACUCCCAGCAAAUGACUGUGGUUUAAUUGAAUUCCUGAAUGAGGAAAUACACUCACCCAGUUAAUUCACAAAGGUACCCAGGCUAUAUAUUAACAAGGAUUGUUCCGUUGCAAGAGGAAGGAGACAGAGGAUACGAGCUCGGCUCAAAAACUGAACGCAUACCUGAAAUUAGCAGCUCAACUCAAAACUUCAAUCACUUAAUCACCUAACCUUUAGAAACAAUAUUCCAAAACCAUACUCUUAUAAUAAAAUAAGAAAGCUUUCAAAUGUUUGAAUGUGUCAAUAACUUUUAAACAUAAUAUGUACAGCACAAGAGAAAUGACAAACAAGAUGUUUAAAGUAUAUGGAUUGUCAUUUAAUUUUCACUGAAUUGUCCAAUGGGACCAAAAUGUAAAACUGAUACGCUGCAACUGCCACGGUUCGUUUUCAAACCUAUUUUUGCCACGCUGGUCCAAAUGCCACACCAACUGGUGGAGUGUAUUGUUUCCAUGACUACUGAGCAUGAGGAUUUUCUGAAUGCCAUCUUUAUGUGGCUACCACCUGGAACAUUAACAAAAGAGACAGAAGUAAGACAACUCAGCGGCGCUUAAUUUUGUUUAUAUGUGUCCCAAGGAAGUGCAGCUGCAGUUUGAAGCAAAUAGGUUGAUGCAGAGCAGAAACCAAAUGAUGAUAUCAGCACAAAUGACAGGGAGGAGCAGAUUAAUCCUCCUCAACCAUGAAAUCUUCAUCAGAGCGAGAAACUGACACACGAUGAGGUAGACGCAGGGUUUCAGUCCUGCCACAUUCAGUCCUAUUUGAUCACAACUGGGCCAGAUUAGAGCAGGGGUUAAAGUAAAAAAAAAUGAUUUGACUGAAAAUUUUCGAGAUUUUUUUUUAAGUGAAACCUUGUGCUUUCUUCUCAAUUUAGAUUUGAACAAUGUCCUUUAC